GGAAGCCACUGGGUUUUGCAGCCCUUCCCUAUCUGAGCCUGCUGCUUCAGACACAGCAGUGCAAGAGACUUCAGUGUCAGCCAGAGAUGGCAACCCACCUGACACAGAGUCUUCUGGUCCAGGAGUCAAUAUGGGGCUUUUGGACCGUCUCUACCAAAGACUUACUCAGACUAUUGGAUGGACACCUUUCCAAACAGACAGGACAAAUCUGGACUCCAGCCAGCCAGGCCCCACUGACUCUUCUGUCCCAGACACAGAGGAGCAGAAGGUGGCCCAAAAACAAGACCUGGCGCCACAAACCCUGGCUGCAGGAGCGGGCAGCCACUCCAGCACUUUCUGUGCUGAGCCUCAUGAUCCAGUCACCCAGUUUAGUGAGGUCUCUUUGGAACUCUUUGCAGUCUGCCUGGGACUUAACUAUGGCACCAAGAGAAAGGCCUAUUCAUCACCCAGGGGACAGCUCACCCCAAUCAGCAAGGAGGAGGAGGAGGAAAGGCCAAGGAAGACCAGAGCCCUUGCUUGCGUGAGGGACAUGGAUGAGGCUGCCCUGAGGAAGGACAUUGGCAUCCUCUUCCCAGCACUCCACUCCAUGGUGUGUCAUCUCCCCAGAGAGCACCUGGAAGAGAGGAGAGAGGCCCUGGACUCUCUCAUCCAUCUGGCUCGCUUGUUCCUGGUGGAGCUGCUUGUGUUCCUGUUCAGGAGGCUGAACAGGGACGAGGAAGAGGAGACCUGUGCCAGUCUCCUCAUUUUGGACCAGAUAGUCCGAUCCAACAUUUCCGAAAUGACACAGCACACAGAGAAGCUGUUCAUAGCCCUGGGGCCAAUCCUGCAGAGCACAAGCAUACGGGUCAGAGAAGCCCUUGCUUAUUUGAUACGCACAAUGGGGGCACAUGGGCUCUUGGAAAAAUCUACAUCAAGACCCUUAAUUGACUUCUUGGUGCAUCAGUGCACCCUGCCCCUCGACAGCACGGAGGCAGCAGACGGGAGGCACACCAUGGAGCUCGAGGUCCGCCAGCUCUGCUCCAGCACCCUGCAGUCCUUGGGUGACUCCCCCAAAAUGGCCAAUGUUUUAUGGCCUGGGCUGCUCCUUCAGCUGAGCCCAGCAGCCCAUGGGCCAGCCCUGCCUCUCCUCCUGCAGACCUCGGUUGGGGUGGUAAAGAGGCUGCAGGAGGAAGGCAGGCUGCCCUUGGCCAGGAGGUGCGGCAAGGGGAACAGAGGGUGUCGGUCAAGCCCCAGGGCCACUCUACCCCAGGAGCUGCUGGCUCGGCUGCUGGUGCUCGGUGCGUCUUCAUGCAUGACGGUGCAGGUCAGAAGGGCAUCCAUGUUCCUCCUCUUCCAGCUGAUGAGCAUGUUCCAGGCCGGCUCGGGCCAAUACUGGAAUAACUACACGACGGAAAUGCUCCUCUACGUGGAAGAUCACAAGACCUGCUUCUGCCAGAGGGAGUGGGAGCAGCAGCUGCUGCAGUUCCUGGAAGACCUUCUCUUCCUCAUCUCAGACCAUACCUGGCUGGGCUGUUUCAUCACCAGUAUCAGGCGCCAGCUGGCCCACAGCGAUAAGCGGCCCAGUGACAAGAGCUUUCUCUACAAGUGCUGGGGCACCGGGCUGAUGUUAUCUCCAGCAGAGAGCAUCAAGCCCCAGCUAUGGCGCCUGCUGGAGCUGGUCAAUUUCCGAGAAGAAGAGGAAAGAGAGGGAUUCGCCCGAGCGCUUGGGCUGUGUUCCAGGCAACACCUCUAUGAGAUUUUUGCCAUCCUGGAGCACUGGGAAGAGGUCGUCAGCAGGGUGCAGCUCCAGCCUUCUGCUGCUGGCUCUCUGGAGGAGCCAGCUUCCAUCGAGCAGCUGAGAAGCCUCCUGCUCCUCACCUAUGGGCACGUGGUCCACUCAGGCCCCACAGACCUCAUCCUAGAGACCAUAGGAUACAAGAUCCUGUCUCCGAUGCAGAAACACUAUUUUCUGAGCCCACAUGACCCGCUGGUGAGAUCUGCGUUUGUGAGAAGCCUCGUGCUGGUGGGUGAAGCUGUCACCCAAGUGAGCAGGAUUCCCUUGGUGAGCCAGGACACAUACACCGUGCUGUCCCCUGCUGAUGCUGAAGUUUCCAGAUGUGCCAUCAGGAAUGGCGAACUAGGCGCAUUCUGGCCACAUGGCCGCUCCCAGGCCAUCUUCCCAGCACCGUGCCCCAGUGCACUGCAUGCUGGGACUAAGGAGAUCCUCAGAGGCAAGGACCGGGCCCGGCUGCAGAGCCCCGACCACAAGUGUGCCCUGCUGGCCAUCUCAUACAUAGGGAAAUUCCAGCCUCACCUGUCUAAGGAACAGGUGGCUGAGACCAUCAGCACUUGUGUCACCAGCUACAUGAUUCAGCGUCCAACCCUGGUGAAGCUGAGAGGGACUGAGGUGGCAGAGAGCUCCGCUAUCCGGGCAGAGCACCUGCAGCCAUGGAUCUGCUCUCCCCGGGCCCAGGAGAGGAGCCGAGCUGUGAAAGCCAGCGCCCGGCUCCUCAUGUUCUAUCGAUUCAAGGCCAUGACCGAGGACCUGAAACCCAUGGUGGAGCAGGGCUACAUGGCCGGGCUGCUGACAAGCCAGGCCUUCGAUGCUCAGAAGACCACCCGAUACUGGGCAUAUCAGGCUCUCUACUGGCUCUUCACGCCUUGCACAGCCGUCGUGUACAGCAAGACAGGGGCGUUGUUGACUGUGCUGAGCAAGACGCAGCAGGAUGCCAGCUGCAGAGAGAGCCCUGCCCAUGUUGCUAUGCUCAUCGCGGAACACCUGCAGUCCCGUGACCUCAUGCCCUUCAGCUUCACCCUGCUGGUGGGCCUGCUGGAGAAGGGGGAGUGUGCUGAGCAGCUGGCGGGCGUCAUGGAGGCGGUGCUGAGACAGCAAAAAUCAGAGCUACAGGGCCAAGUGCAGGAUCUCCAAGCCGCUCUUUCCUACACACUGAGCCCACCCCGGGGAGAGCGGCUGAGUGAUGGGACAAGAGACAUCCUCCACCUACUGGCCAGGCAGCACACCAAGACCGCGGUCAACAUCCUCCUGAAGAUGCCCUGGCCUUACAAACACCACAUCAAGGCCAUCUGGAGGUUCCUGGGUGCAGACCCCAUGCUGACCAGGGAGGUACUCCACAUCCUGCUGGACGACAGCCCGGAGAAGGGCUGGGCUAACCCUGGACAGACCCAGGACAGGAGCUGCCCCCAGCCAGCCCGGCUGCCCCCGGCGACCACAUACGGCCUGUGGGAGCUGAUCGGGGCCUUGGGGCAAGGGGACACCCUGGAGGGACGCGAGGACGACCUGUUCGCCUCUUGCUUCCUUGCCAUCGCCAGCCCCCCGGCACAACACCUCUUAGGAGUCCAGCAGGACCGGCCCAGUGACACCAGUCCACGCAGCAUGGCCGUGCAGGCCCUGGCGCGGGUGCUGCGCCUCAGGGGCAGUCAGCCAGCUGUGGAACUAAUGGACCAGGAGCAAGGCUGGCAGCUGCUGGAAGAGGCCCAGCCCGAGGGGUUCACUCUCCUUAGCAGAGCCAUAGUGAGCCACCCAAACCUGGCCCUGAAGAGCAUCCCACAGCUUCUCCUUCCCAGCCUGCAGGCCAGCCAGGAGGGUGAACGCAUGGCCUGCACCGCCCUGUUCGCAGAGUUCCUCGGCAGCCCCCUGCUGAUGGAAAACGAGCCCAAGGCCAUGCGGAAGCAGGUGCUGAAGGCCAUGCUGCAGCAGACGCAGGACAGCAACAUCCACAUUCGUGGCAGAGCCCUGCAUGGCCUCAGGAACGCAGUGACCGCGUUCCCGGACAAGGCUGACAGAUGGUUACUCACCGGCGGCAUCUAA